UCAUUCCAGUGCCUGUCACCUAAAUGGAGCUUGGAAUAGACAACUGAUCAUAGAAGAUAAAGGAGGGUACAGAUGAUUGCAAUCAGUGAGGCGAGAAUUACUACCUCCAUUGUACAGAUGAAGAAACCAAGACAUGGAGUGACUCCCUACAUGUUUCUCGGCAGUUUGAAUGGAGCCAAACCAAAGCUUCAGUACUCGCUCUGGCUAACCCAGCGCCUCGACUAAUGCAAUUCGCAUCCGGUACCCCAACUCCGCCCCAUCCAUUCCACACCUCCGGGUUCUACUCCGCCCACUCGCGAGUACUUCCGGUCUACAGCGCAGCAAGCCGCAGCCGGGAGCUGUGGGGCGGUGGCUAUGGAUGCCAGGCGAAGCUGAAAGCAGUGGGGCAUGGCUGCAGCCCUGCAGGUCCUGCCCUGCUUGGCCCGAGCCCCAUUACGCCUACUCCUCUGGGGGCGCCCAGGGGCACGGCUGGCCAGUGGCAUGGCCUUGGCAGAGCAUGCUCAGAAGCUCUUUGAGAGCACUAUUGCUGCUGUCCUGCCAGGCCCCAUGAUGCACCGGGCCUUGUCCUUGGACCCUGGCAGCGGACAGCUGAAGGUUCGGGAUCGGAGCUUUCAGCUGCGGCAAAACCUCUACCUGGUGGGCUUCGGCAAGGCUGUGCUGGGCAUGGCAGCUGCAGCUGAGAAGCUACUGGGGAAGCAUCUGGUGCAGGGAGUGAUCAGCGUUCCCAAAGGGAUCCGUGCUGCCAUGGAGUACACUGGCAAGCAGGAGAUGCUACUGAAGUCACACAGCCGUGUCCAGGUCUUUGAGGGUGCAGAGGACAACCUGCCAGACCGUGAUGCACUGCGGGCUGCAUUAGCUAUUCGGCAGCUGGCUGAAGGUCUGACAGCUGAUGACCUGCUGCUCGUGCUCAUCUCAGGUGGGGGCUCAGCCCUUCUUCCCGCCCCCAUCCCACCCGUCACACUGGAGGAGAAACAGACACUCACCAAGCUGCUGGCAGCCCGAGGAGCCACCAUCCAGGAACUGAACACCAUCCGGAAGGCUCUCUCCCAGCUCAAGGGUGGGGGGCUGGCUCAGGCUGCCUACCCUGCCCAGGUGAUAAGCCUCAUUCUAUCAGAUGUGGUGGGAGACCCCGUGGAUGUGAUUGCCAGUGGCCCCACUGUGGCCAGCGUCCACAACGUACAAGAUUGCCUGCAUAUCCUCAAUCGCUAUGGCCUCCGUGCUGCCCUGCCACGUUCUGUGAAAACUGUGCUGGCUCAGGCUGACUCUGACCCUCAUGGGCCACACACCUGUGGUCAUGUCCUCAAUGUGAUUAUUGGCUCCAAUGCACUUGCACUGGCUGAGGCCCAGCGGCAGGCUGAGGCACUGGGAUACCGGGCUGUGGUGCUGAGUACAGCCAUGCAGGGCAACGUAAAAAGUGUGGCCCAGUUCUACGGGCUGCUGGCCCAAGUAGCUGGAGCCCACCUCACUCUGCCCAGCACUGGAGCCCCCAUGGAGGAGGGUGAACAACUCCAUGAGCUCGCGGCUGAGCUCCAGCUCCCAGACCUGCAGCUAAAGGAGGCCCUGGAGGUUGUGGCAGGGGCUGAGGGCCCCGUCUGCGUGCUGGCUGGUGGCGAGCCCACAGUGCAAUUGCAGGGCUCCGGCAAGGGUGGCCGGAACCAGGAACUGGCCCUGCGUGUCGCAGCAGAGCUGGGACAGCGGCCACUGGGGCCUGUUGAUGUGCUGUUUUUGAGUGGUGGCACUGAUGGGAGGGAUGGGCCCACAGAGGCAGCCGGGGCCUGGAUUAUGCCUGAGCUUGCCCACCAGGCCACUGCUGAGGGCCUGGAUGUGGCCACCUUUCUAGCCCACAAUGACUCACAUACCUUCUUCCACCGCUUCCAAGGUGGGGCCCAUCUGCUGUACACAGGGCUGACAGGAACCAAUGUCAUGGACGUCCACUUCCUAUUCCUGAAGCCACGGUGAUGACAGGUCAUGUUUUGGGAGUCCAGAGGAAGCCUACAGGGUAGGGUCCUGGGGCAGACCAGGAUUGGUCCCCAGGGUCUCACCAGGCCUUAGAGCCCCUCCUUGGCCCUGGCUGCAUGGUUGGCUCUUACACCUCCCACCCAGGGUCUCUGCUUUAUGUCUGUUCCUCAGAUCAGACUGGCAAGAUGAUGUAUCUCUUCCACCUCUACUUUUAGCCAUGGCAGCAAGUACCUCUGAGGACCAGGACAAAUCUCUUGGCCAGUUCACUAUUCCCCUAGGCAGCGUCACUACUGAGCUUCUGAGACUGUUUUUUUUCUGUGGGGUAAAGCAAGGACUGGAAAUAAAAAGGACCACUUUA